AUGUGCCAAAACCUCUACCUGAACUCGGCUACGGACUUCUGUCUCUGGGGUCCCACGGGUCCCAAGCCGCAGGGCAUCGGCGAUGCAGAGCGCGGUGUCGUGAGCUACUGCACCAAGGCCGGUCGUGGCACGCGCACAAUCCCCGAUGGCACGCUCAAAAGCGUCCACUUUGUAAAGACCCCGCAUUAUGUACAGGUCAGCGGGACGGGCAACUUUGAGAACAUCUUCAUUUCUGCUCAGGGCGGCGGCGGUGAAUUGGAUCCCCAUGGCGCCGAUGAGCUGGGCAACCCGAUUGGUGGUUUGGUUUUCUCCAAUGCUUUUGGAAAGGGUCUGAUGCAGGUGCAUGAAUGGCUAACACUUCAGAACAACUUUAUGGACAAGGAGACGUAUUGUCUGCGCGCGUGCCCGGAUGGCGACUCUGCGUACCAGUACUGCAAGAACAUUUACGACGAGCUGGGCUGCAACUUUAAUAUGCCCACGACGCCUGACCAGCUGGGCGUGUUUGAGUCUUGUGAAGGUGACGACGCCCAAAUCGUUGGUGUAUACACAAACAACGGUGUGGUCCCCCACCCGCAGUGA